AUGUUCUCUUUGAUUGUUCUUUUCGGGGUUUUGAAGCUUUCUUUCUUUUUCUGUAGUUCAGACGACCCCAGAUGCUUUUGGAGAUUGAAAACCAAGAAAACAUGGGAGGGAGACAAAGAUAUUGAUUGUUUAUUUUCUAUUUAUACAAAGCUUGGUUAUGUAAAGAAUGAACAGUUCAGUGGGAACCUAGAUAAGCGACUGACAGCUAAGAAUAUCCACUUGAUUUUGUCUCUUUAUUUUGCCCUCGAUGAAAUCAAUAGAAACCCUCAUAUUCUACCCAAUAUUUCACUGCUAGUUAAAGUUGAAUGUAGCCUGCUGGAUGAUUGGAGAAUAAACAGUUUAUCUUCAAAAAGAGGUGAAUUUCUUCCCAACUUCUACUGUACAAAUCACAGAAGAUAUUUAAUUGUACUUACAGGACCAAUGUGGUUACCAUCCGCCAUACUUGGGUCGCUCCUGUACAUCUCUAAGAGGCCAGAGCUUUACUAUGGACCAUUUCAUCCUUUCCUGAGCAAUCAAGAGCAGUUUCCAUAUCUAUACCAGAUGGCUCCUAAGGACACAUCUCUGGUACUGGCCAUGGUGUCUUUAUUGGUCCAUUUCAGCUGGAACUGGGUGGGAGCAAUUGUUUCAGAUGAUGACCCAGGAUAUCAAUUUCUCUUGGAAUUGAGAAGAGAGAUGCAAGUGAACAGCGUAUGUUUAGCAUUUGUAAGUAUUAUUGUAGAUGACAAAAAGAUUUUUUUGCAAAGGGCAGAUACCUAUUAUAACCAGAUCAUGACAUCAUCAGCAAAAGUCGUUAUCAUUUAUGGAGACAAAGACUCUCAUCUACAAGUGAACUUUAGACUAUGGAAUUUAUUAAACAUUCAAAGAGUCUGGGUCACUACCUCUCAAUGGGAUAUGAUCAUAAAUAAUGGAAAAUUCCUCCUUAAGUCUUAUUUUGGGACUCUCACUUUUUCACAUCACUACUCUGAAGUACCCGGUUUUAAAACGUUUAUCCAGACAGCACACCCUUCCAACUACAGUGAUGACUUUUUCUUGGCUAGAUUGUGGUGGAUGUAUUGUAAUUGCUCUUUGGCAUCAUCUAAUUGUAAAAAUAUGCAAAAUUGUUCAAAUGAAACAAUACUAAAAUGGUUAUUCAAGCACCAUUUUGAAAUGUCCUUGAGUGGUACAAGUUAUGACCUAUAUAAUGCUGUGUAUGCUGUAGCCCAUGCUCUCCAUCAGAUGCUUCAGCGACAAGUAGACACAUGGCAAAUGACUGCUGGAAAAGAGCUUGACUUUGACUCCUGGCAGAUGGUCCCUUUCCUGAAAAACGUCCAAUUUAUAAACCCUGCUGGACAACAAGUGGACCUGGGUCAGGAAGAAAAAAUGGAUACAGAGUAUGACAUUUACCACACUAUGGAUUUUUUGCCAAUGCUUGGACUUAAGAUGAAAAUAGGAAACUUUUUCCAAUACCUGCCACAUGGACAACAAUUGUAUAUGUCUGAAGAAAUGAUAGGGUGGAACACAGACCUUAGACAGACUCCAACAUCAAUUUGCAGUAUACCUUGUAGUCCAGGAUUCAGGAAAUCCCCUCAGCAGGAAAAGCUUGUUUGCUGUUUUGAUUGUACCCCUUGCCCAGAGAAUGAAAUUUCUAACAUGACAGGCAUGAAUCAGUGUGUGAAGUGUCCAGAUGAUCAGUAUGCCAACUCUGGACGAACUCGAUGCAUCAAAAAAGUUAUUGCGUUCCUAGGUUAUGAAGACCCUUUGGGAUUAUCUCUGGCCUGUGUGGCCCUGUGCUUCUCUGCUCUCACUGCUUUCAUACUUGGUGUCUUUUUGAAGCACCAAAACACGCCCACUGUCAAGGCCAACAACAGAACUCUCAGCUAUGUUCUACUCAUCUCACUCAUCUUUUGCUUUCUCUGUUCGCUGCUCUUCAUUGGCCGUCCCCAUGUGGCCACAUGCAUCAUGCAGCAGACCACAUUUGCAAUUGUGUUCACUGUGGCUGCCUCUACUGUCUUGGCCAAGACUAUUACUGUAGUUCUGGCCUUCAAGUUUACUAAUCCAAAUAGAAACAUGAGGUGGCUUCUGCUCUCAGGGGCACCUAACUUCAUCAUUCCAAUUUGCACCAUGAUUCAACUGAUUUUCUGUGGAAUCUGGCUGGGCACUUCCCCUCCAUUUGUUAAUGCUGAUGUACAUUUUGAAAAACAGUACAUUUUGAUUAUCUGUAACAAAGGUUCAAUUAUUGCCUUCUAUUGUGUCCUGGGAUACUUGGGCUCUAUUGCCAUAGGAAGUUUCACUGUGGCAUUCUUGGCCAGGAGUCUACCCGACAAAUUCAAUGAAGCCAAGUUCCUGUCAUUCAGCAUGCUAGUGUUUUGUAGUGUCUGGGUCACCUUCCUACCUGUCUACCACAGUACAAAGGGCAAGGCUGCUGUGGCUGUGGAAGUCUUCUGUAUAUUGGCCUCCAGUGCAGGGCUGCUUCUUUGCAUUUUUGCCCCAAAGUGCUUCAUUAUUUUGUUAAGACCAGAGAAAACUUCCUUUCAAAAGUUCCAUAAUUUGCAUUUUAAAAUUGAUAAUGCUCAUUAG